AUGCAAAGAACAACGCAAGUUCUACCGCCGAUGCUGCGGAACGUUUUAUCAUCUACAGUAACAUACAUAGGGCAAAAUCAUGUCCUCGACAAGCUCUUCCGACAGCGGCAACAAAUCGCCCGGUCGCAGCAAUUUGACAGUGCCCGGCUUUUCGUAGGGCUUGUGGCAGCUCUACAGCCAGUAGAGGCUCUCCGCCAACCGUCGGAUUUUAUACUGAGCUUCCGACUCCACCCCAGAGAACGACCCGACGCCGCGCUGGUCUAUAGGCCAGUAGAGGCCCUGAAGGCAUGGGCAAGAGAUGCCAGAAAUCACCUGCCAAAAGACAAACAGGCGGAGUUAAAGGACCUCAUCAGACAGAUCGUGGCCGGGCCAUCCGCCGCCUGCGAGAAGACAGAUCCGGGAGAACUUAAGCUCAGGCAGGACAGGGGGAUGGAUGUCUCCCGGUACAAGACCCCAAUGCCGGAGACACGGUCCCUUAACAAGGUGACCAGGGUGACCGGGGCGGACCGACCCCAGAUCGAGCGUUGGAGGGUACUUUGGGGUUAUCGCGAGAUCCUGGGGUAUCCCAAGAAACGACAGGAUUGUGGUCUGAAUGACCAGAUAAAAAGGUUUAAAAUUCCAAUUACUCGCAACAACCCCAAAGUACCCUCCAAAUCUACAAACAACUCAGUAAGCGUCAGUGACGCACCACUCGCUGCCACAUUUGUGGCAAAAGACACACCAAUGCUUGCUGGCAUUGGGAUUGGUUGCGUUGCUGCUAUAGCAGCAAUAGUUGUGCUCGUAUACUGGGCCUUUAUGUGGAUUCAGAGGCGGUAA